AUGAUCUUCUUGAUGGACAUGCAGAUGAUGAUACUGGACGUGAUUUACUUCAUGCUGCGCGGCUGCUUCCGCAUGGUGAUGCGGCCGCGCACCAAGGACGUCAGCGGGGAGCUGGUGUUGAUCACGGGGGCCGGGGGAGGCCUGGGCCGCCUUUUCGCCCUGGAGUUUGUGUCGUACGGCGCCGAGGUGGUACUGUGGGACAUCAAUGCCGAGACCAACGAGGCCACCGCCAAGCAGGUGAGGGAAGCGGGCGGCAAGGCCUACACCUACACAGUGGACGUCACUGACCGGGAAAACGUCUACCAGACGGCUGAUCGCGUCCGCAAGGACCUCGGCCGCGACGUCACCAUCCUGGUCAACAACGCCGGCGUGGUAGGGGGCAAGCAGGUGAUGAACCGCGACGUGUCCGACGACGUGGUAGAGAGGACACUGAAGGUCAACUGCCACGGCCACUUCUGGACGGUGAAGGCCUUCCUGCCCCAGAUGAAGGCUAACAACCACGGCCACAUUGUCACCGUCGCCAGUGUCCUCGGCCUCUUCGCCACCGCCUUUGUGGAGGACUACUGUGCCAGUAAGUUUGCUGCCGUUGGCUUCCACGAGUCCCUCACCCACGAGCUGCUGACUGAAGACGACUGGGAUGGUGUGAAGACCACACUGGUCUGCCCAUACCUGGUGGACACUGGCAUGUUUGAGGGCUGCAAGAUAAGGGAAGAAGCCGAGCUGGUGCUGUCUGCUCUGGACCCUGUUUACUGCGUCAAGCAGGCCAUGAAUGCCAUCCUCAUCGACCAGCCCCUCGUUUGCAUCCCCAGAAUCACUUACAUCCCUGUCAUCGCUCGGGCGCUGCUGCCAUGGGACGCCAAUGUGGCCACAUACCGAUUCCUGGGCUCAGACAAGUGCAUGAAGCCCUUCAUCGAGACAAUGAAAAGCAAGGCAGCCACCAAUGGAGGAGGAGCCAUCAAGGCAGCAUAAUCACCACACCACACCAUCACCACCAAGACACCAGCAUAUCCAACCUUCCACGCACACCUAUUUCAGUCAGCAGUCUUCGAUUACGAAUGAACCCAGGAGGGUAUUCAAAAACCUGGCUUAGUAGUAAACCAGUUAACCUUGAGGUCGUGGUAAAUCAUCUAAUAGAAGACACUCUGUAGGACUCAUUUUCUUAACUGAAUGACACCUGU